AUGAAUUCAUCCGUCUCUCUUUCAUUCAAUCAACCCAAGUUUCCGUCAACACCCAUUUGGGAUUCUAAUGGAAUUACCAUUGCUAAUCAAUCGAUUGUUGGUGGAAGCCCAAGCGCCAUUUUUGUGAACACAAACAACACAAUCUAUGUCGCUAAUAAACAAAAUAACACAAUUGUAAUGUGGCAAGAAGACAGUGUCAAUCCAACAAACAUCAUUCACGGUAAUUUUACAGGGUCCAGUUCUCUCUUUGUGACAUCAAAUGGUGAUAUUUAUAUUGAUGAUGGACAUGAGAAUCGUCAAGUGCAGAAAUGGAUAGCAGAAACAAAUAUCUUUGUUACAGUGAUGAAUGUCAACUCAUCAUGUUGGGGUUUGUUUGUCGAUAUCAAUGAUAGUCUUUACUGUUCAAUGCUUGGUCAUCAUCAAGUAGUGAAAAGAUCAUUAAAUGAUCCUCUGAUGACUUCAAAUCGUGUUGCUGCUGGAACAAGUACCCAAGGAUCGGCCUCGAAUCAACUGAAUGAUCCUCGUGGAAUCUUUGUCGAUGUGAACUUGGAUUUAUAUGUGGCAGAUUGUGGAAAUGAUCGAGUUCAGUUGUUCCAAUCGGGAGAAUCAAAUGGCAUCACAGUAGCUGGAGGUGGAUCAGUAAAUCCAACAACUACGCUUUAUCUUCCAGUUGGAAUUAUAUUAGAUGCUGAUAAGUAUUUAUUCAUUGUGGAUUCUUACAAUAAUCGCAUUGUUGGUUCAGGCUUGAAUGGUUUUCGAUGUUUAGUUGGAUGUUAUGGAAGAGGUUCAAAAUCCAAUCAAUUGGAUACUCCAUGUAUUCUUAGUUUCGAUCAUUCUGGGAACAUGUUUGUUACUAAUCAAUUAAAUCAUCGAAUUCAAAAAUUUUUACUGAUGAAGGAUUCUUUUGGCCUUUCAUUCAAUCAACCGAAGUUUUGUUCAACAGCCAUUUGGAAUCCCAAUGGCAUUACCAUUGCUGAUCAAUCGACUGUUGGUUUUGUACCUGGCGCUAUUUUUGUGAACACAAACAACACAAUCUAUGUCGUUAAUCGACUAAAUAAAACAAUUAUAAUGUGGCAAGAAGAGAGUGUCAAUCCAACAAACAUCAUUCACGGUAAUUUUACAGGGUCCAUUUCUCUCUUCGUAACAUCAAAUGGUGACAUUUAUAUUGGUGAUGGUGAUAUUCUGAGUGGUCGAGUACAGAAAUGGAUAGCAGAAACGAAUACUUUUGUCACAGUGAUGAAUGUCAAGUCAUCAUGUUAUGGUUUAUUUGUCGAUGUCAAUGAUACUCUUUAUUGUUCAAUGCCUUUUUAUCAGCAAGUGGUGAAGAGAUCAUUAAAUGAUGCUCUGAUGACUUCAAAUCGUAUUGCUGCUGGAAAUGGCAGUGCAGGAUUCGCCCCAAAUGAACUUCGUAUUCCUCGUGGAAUCUUUGUUGAUGUGAAUCUGGAUUUAUAUGUAGCAGAUUGCUUUAAUGAUCGAGUUCAGUUGUUUCAGCCAGAAGAAUCAAAUGGAAUCACAGUAGCUGGAAGUGAAUCACUAAAUCCAACAAUUAGACUUGAUUGUCCAACUGGAGUUAUAUUAGAUGCUGAGAAAUAUUUAUUCAUUGUGGAUGGUAACAAUCAUCGCAUUGUUGGUUCAGGUUUGAAUGGUUUUCGAUGUUUAGUUGGAUGUUAUGGAAGAGGUUCACAAUCCAAUCAAUUGCGCGAGCCAUUUAGUUUUGGUUUUGAUCAUUCUGGUAACAUGUUUGUUAGUGAGCGAGAUAAUCUUCGAAUUCAAAAAUUUAUAUAUUUAAAAAAAUCUUGUGCCAAUACUUCUUCGCUUCUUCAAAAGACUUAUUCAUCGUCAUUGACUAACAACAAUCAAAUUUAUUACCGAGAUUGUGAGAAACAAAAUUUUUAUUAUGAAUCUGUUCAAGUGAAAGUGAUCGAAAGUGGUUAUUACACUUUUCGUGGUAGUGGCACUAUUGAUGCGUACGGAUCUAUUUACGAAAACAAAUUCAAUCUACUUAAUCCGUCAGAGAAUUUACUUAAAACAGAUGACGACAGCGGUUUUGAUACUCAGUUCAAACUUGAUAUUCAUCUUGAUGUUGCCAUUAUAUAUGUAUUGGUUGUGACUACAUAUGAAUCAAAAGAAACUGGAAAAUUCUCAAUUGUUGUGUUGGGUAAAAACAAAGUUAAUCUCGAGCGUCUCAGCACUCCAGUAAAUAUUCAAUUCAGAUAUACAUCAAAACUAACUGAUGAUAAUCCAACAUAUUAUCGAGAUUGUCAAGUACCGCAAUGUCAUUAUGAAACUUCACAAAUUCAUGUUAAUACAACUGGUUUAUAUGUUCUUUGGAGUGAAAAUAAUAUUAAUGCACAUGGAUAUAUCUACAAAAAUGAUUUCAAUCCUCUAAAACCAUCUGAAAAUUUACUCCUAUCACAUGACGGUCCAAAACAAAGUAGUUGUGUAAUUGGUGAUCAAUGUAACUUUUACAUCAAAGGAAUUGGUUUGACACUCGAUGAUAUUUUACGCGAUGAACUCCAACCGAAUACAUUGUUGAAGAAUCAAUCAUUUUCGAUUAAAUUUAGUGCGGGUUUAACAAUAAUUAUGUUUAUUGCAGGAUUAAUCAAUAGUGUUCUCUCUUUUACUACAUUUCAACAUAAAGAUUCUCAACAAGUUGGAUGUGGAAUGUAUCUAUUGACAUCAUCGAUUACUUCUCUUUUGGCAAUUAGUAUGUUCAUAAUCAAAUUCUGGUUUGUUGUUCUUACUCAUAUCAAUGUGUCCACCAGUCUCUCUGUUCUUCGUGGAGGUUGUGCAUCUAUUGAACCAAUUCUAAAACUUUUUCUCUACUUGGACGGUUGGCUUAAUGCUUGUGUAGCAAUUGAACGAGCAGUGCUUCUUUUUAAAGGAGUAAACUUUGAUAAGAAAAAGAGCAAAUUUAU